AAGAAAAACAUAAAACCCGGUGAGAACACUAGUGCGCCACCGCGUGUCAAGAUGUACGCAAAGCAAACCCAUGCAAAGGUCGGAGGUGGUGGAGGUGGUAGACAAAGCAUAAAGGCAGAAUAUCAGCCGGGUGGCAAAGCGAUUAGUGGUGUGUCCGGUGCGGAGCGUAGAGCUAGUACAGUUUACGCGCGGAAAGCGUCGGUAGUCAGUAAUAGUAGUGACGUGUCGAACGAUGACUAUGAGGAGGUUAAACCUGACCUUCAGGUUAGCUCACACCUGCUCGACCACGGCUACGGCUGUGGGGUGGUGUCGUUCCAGACUGUGCCGCCCAUGUCCGGCACACAGUCGGCACAGCAAACCUCCAACAAGCAUCAUGCUGGUACCGAACAGCAGCAUCAUCAUCAGCAGCAGCGUGGCCAUCAACAUAUUAGCAGUAGCGUUAGCAGUAGUAGGAACAAUCACUCCAAUGGGAGGAGCAGCCAUCAUCACAGUACGCCCACUUCAACUAGCAUGCCAUCGUCCUCCGCGACAGCUUCUCGCAGCGGUGGGAAACAGCAACAGCAGGAUCAUCAUGCUCAUCAGCAGCAUCAUCAGCAUCAAUACAACAGUAAUAAGCAGAAUGCGGCCGAUCCACCGAUCACCAACUUCUUCAGGGCCAUUAAACGAUCGUCACAGUCGUCGAGCAUAUCUCCCACACCGGCCAAAAUUGCCAAGAGCAGCAAUGCAAAGACACCGAACUCGACCUGCUCCACGCCAACCUCGUCGAUAUCGUCCUCUUCCUCGAAGAAACGCUACUCGGAACGAACUAGGUACGACACGUCGCUUGGGCUGUUGACGAAAAAGUUCAUCGAUCUGCUAAACGAAUCGCCGGACGGCGUGGUCGAUCUAAACAUUGCCUCGACGAAACUGAAGGUGCAGAAGCGGCGCAUCUACGACAUCACCAACGUGCUCGAGGGCAUCGGUAUGCUGGAGAAGAAGUCGAAAAACAACAUCCAAUGGAAGUGUGGCAAUACCGUGUGCAAUAUCGACCGCAACACGCGAAUACAGCGCGAACGGUACCGACUGCAACAGAAGGAAAACAUGCUGGAGGAGAUGAUCGUUGAGCUGCGAUCAGCGACGAACGACGAGAUGGCGCACACGAAGCACGGCUACUUUACCUGUCAGGAUCUCAGCUCGAUGGAGAUGUUCCGCGAGCAGACGAUCGUUGUUAUUAAGGCACCACCAGAGGCUAAGCUGGAGUGGAUGAACGAGAAGAUGCAACGGGAAAUUGUGCUGAAGUCGGAGAAAGGAGAGAUUGAUGUUUUUAUCUGUCCAACGGAUGAACCGGGUGCAGCCGAUAGUCCGGCAAUGAUUGCCGGCGAUCCACUGUUGGAAAACUUCGAACCUGUAAUAUCGCCUUUCCAACGUAUGGAUAGAACGUCUAGCCCGAGGAAAGCUUUAGCGAGACCGUCCCCAUAUGCGGCACAGCGCAAUCUCAACCGUGCACUGUUAGACGAAGGCACUCCAAUAAAGUGCGAACCUACCGAAAGCAGUGCAGCCGUUGGUCGGGAUAACUGUAUACAGACGGCCGUGGCGUCACUGUUCAAUCUGUCCGGUACGAGCGUGCCACAGAAGGUGGUGGUGCAUUCUGAGCGGUAUGAAUCCCCUCUGUGCACCAUGCUGGCCACGUCGAGCAGCGCGUCCGGUGCAGCUAAUGGUAGCGGCUACUACCAUGGCUGUGACUCAUCAUCCUCAGCGGCGGUAGUAGUAGAUCAAUCCGAGUUGCAUUACGAUGCUAGUCAGACAACGACGACGAUGAUCGGGUCCGCGACGUCGAAGGCGGGCGUGAGAGUUAAAUCCGAACAUGUGCCUGAUAGUAGUAAUAGUAGAAGUAGCGACAUACUGCCACCAUCCGCAAUAUCCGCGGACAGUGGCGUGUUCGUGUGGGGUGACGGUGCGAUCGACGGUGACGAUCAUCAGCAACACCAUCACCACAAUCAUGCAGUAGUUGGUGGCAGCGGUGGUAUCGGGGUGGGAAUGGCAACGUCGACAGCGACGACAUCCUCAUCAUCCAUGCUGUCCGGUGGGAUGUGUCUCAACAACAACAACAACAACCACAUCAACGGUGGCAAAGUGACGCCGGACGAGAUCACGAACAACAAUGCAUCUCUGUCCGAUACGAAACUGAGUCCCAAUGUGUUCUCCAUGUCGGUGUACGAUUUCCCCAUGUCGGCGUUAAAGCCGCCGAGUGCCAAGUCCUCGCCGGAGAAUAUGCACCAGCGUUACGGAUUUUCGGAUUUCGACGAUCUGGACAUAUUCCUGCCACUGGAACCGACCGCCGACUACACUCUGUCGCUAAACGAAUCUGAGGGCGUUUUCGAUCUGUUCGAUUUCAACUCAUGAAGCUACUGG